AUGACAGCAGGAAGCAUGUGGUGUGAACCUGAAAAAGAAAAGAGUCAGCUGUCGCCACCGGUACACUUUUUAGUACAUCUACAACUCGGACGCGAUUCCGCACGCCGACACAAUCGUACCGGGCCUUUCUCCCCGCGCUUCCUCCAUUCUUUGCAGGCCUCUCUGCGUACAAUAAAAAAAACUCAAGACGAACAAGGAGUCUGUCGGAGGAAAGAUCACAUCACAUCUAUCCCAAUUAUGCCCAGCGAAACAACUUUCUCUCCAGAGACCGUCGAGUCCGAAAUUUACAACCAUCUACUGUCAGACUCAUCCACAGCCCUCGACGAUCUCCAUGCGAACCUCCUCUUCUCCCUACAACGAGCCGGCUGGACCGAGCGAGUUCAAUCCUUGUCUCUAGAACUUUUGCGCGCGGGUCGCUGUACACAUUUCGAUGAUAUGGUCGAUGUAGUCGUUACGCUUGCUACAGGCCAGACGCACCCUAUUGUCCCUGAAGCGAAUAAUAACACGACAACAAAUGGGCAUGAGAAAAACAGUAGUAAUGGUACUGCCACUGCUGCGAAUGGGGUUAAUAAUGCGACCAGCUCAGAGUCAUUUUUCAGAGAUAUCGAUGUGCGAAUACCCAAAGAGGUUGUGGAACAGGGCGUUAGAUCUUUGAAAGACUCCUUAAGAUCGUUUGCUACAAUCGAGGAUGACGACGACGGCGGGCCUGAGGUUGACGAUAAGGAGCUUACGAACGGCAAGGCUUCGAAAUCAGAGAAAGAGCAGACAAGUCAGUGGAAAUAA